AGAUCCCUGUUUUAAGGAAGUGAAACAGACACAGUCGCUGUUGCUCGCUGGUCAAAUGGCUCAGAAAGAAGAUCAGCCAGACCCUAAAACCAUCACUUGUUCGAUCUGUCUGGAGCUACUGAAGGAUCCAGUGACUAUUAUCUGUGGACACAGUUACUGUAUGAGCUGUCUUGAGACACAUUGGAAUCACCAGGAACAGAGUGGAAUCUAUGAAUGUCCUCAGUGCAGGGCAACUAUCACUCCGAGGCCUGUCUUGAUGAAGAGCACCGUGUUAGCAGAUUUAGUGGAGCAGCUGAAGAAGACUGGACUCCAAGCUGCUCCUGCUGAUCACUGCUAUGCUGGACCUGAAGAUGUGGCCUGUGGUUACUGCAAAGGAAGAAAACUGAAAGCCAUCAAGUCCUGUUUAGACUGUCUGGCCUCUUACUGUGAGAAACACAUUCAGUAUCAUUAUGAUUCAGCUACAUUUAAGAAACACAAGCUGGUGAAGCCCUCCAAGAACCUCCAGAAGAACAUCUGCUCUCGUCAUGAUGAGGUAAUGAAGAUGUUCUGUCGUACUGAUCAGAAGUGUAUCUGUUAUCUCUGCUCUGUGGAUGAACAUAAAGGCCACGACACAGUCUCAGCUGAAGCAGAAAGGACUGAGAGGCAGAGAGAGCUGGAGGUGAGACGAGAAGAAAUCCAGCAGAGAAUCCAGGACAGAGAGAAAGAUGUGCAGCUGCUUCAACAGGAGGUGGAGGCCAUCAAUCACUCUGCUGAUAAAACAGUGGAGGACAGUGAGAAGAUCUUCACUGAGCUGAUCCGUCUCAUCCAGAAAAGAAGCUCUGAUUUGAACCAGCAGAUCAGAUCCCAGCAGGAAACUGAAGUGAGUCGAGUCAAAGAGCUUCAGGAGAAGCUGGAGCAGGAGAUCACUGAGCUGAAGAGGAAAGACGCUGAGCUGAAGCAGCUCUCAAACACAGAGGAUCACAACCAGUUUCUCCACAACUACCCCUCACCGUCAGCACUCAGUGAGUCUACACACUCAUCCAGCAUCAAUAUCCGUCCUCUGAGAUACUUUGAGGAUGUGACAGCAGCUGUGUCAGAGCUCAGAGAUAAACUACAGGACAUCCUGAGAGACACAUGGACAAACAUCUCACUGACCCUCACUGAGGUGGAGGUUUUACUGUCAGAACCAGAACCAAAGAGCAGAGCUGGAUUCUUAAAAUAUUCAUGUGAAAUCACACUGGAUCCAAACACAGCUCACAAGGAUCUGGAGGUUUCAGAGGAAAACAGAAAGGUCACACAUUUGAAUAAAAAUAAGUUGUAUAGUCCUCGAGACAGUUUCAAAGGGUGGACUCAGAUCCUGAGUAGAGAGAGUCUGACUGGACGUUGCUACUGGGAGGUGGAGUGGAUAGGCAGAGAAAUUGAAGUAGCAGUUGCAUACAAGAAUAUCAGGAGAGACAGCGGAGACAAUGAAAGUGGCUUUGGACGUAAUGAAAAAUCUUGGGCAUUAAAUUGUUACCAAAACAGGUAUAUAUUCUGGUACAACAACAUCUGGACCUCCAUCUCAGGUCCUGAAACCUCCAGAGUAGGAGUGUACCUGGAUCACAGAGCAGGUCUUCUGUCCUUCUACAGCGUCUCUGAAACCAUGACUCUCAUCCACAGAGUCCAGACCACAUUCACUCAACCGCUACAUGCUGGACUUAGGAUUUACUACUAUAAAGACACAGCUGAGUUCUGUAAACUUAAAUUUUGAAUUCAGUUGUCAGAGAUUGUCAUAGUGUGCAUUUCUUUAUGUUUUUAUUUUCUGUCAGGAGCUUUUUUCAUUGUUAACUAAAACUGUUGGUCAUUGCAAUAAAACUCCUCUUUCUGCUACUUACUUUGCUGCAAAGAUUGAGAACUAAAAAAUACAAAACAACAUUGCCCAGAUUGAGAAAGUGAGUAUUCCUUGAAUUUUUGUCGUUCAUUGAAUGAUUUUGUAUCAUUGUUGACUAUAAGUGAUUUUCUGUAUUUUGUUCUUGAUUUUUAUGAGCAUAUAAUACAAAAUAUAGCUGACAUGUUGCUCCAUUUUUAGGAAUGUUGGUGGGUUGAAAUGUUGGAAUAAGAUUCAAAUAAAACUUCUAUUGUGUGAUAUAAGCUCUAUAACCUCCCCUCUAUGUCUGAUGUUGAAUUGAGACUGUGCCUCUCUGUUAAAAGUUCAAAUAAAGACGUGUUUUUUAUUUUUUGUGUAAGUUCCAUUAAACACUUUCAAGAUUUC